AUGUCAGAAGAGGAUAAGGCUAAAAAACUAGAGAAUUUGCUAAAAUUAUUACAAUUGAAGAAUGGUGAUACUUCAAAAUUCACUCCAGAAGAGAAAAAGGCUAUGAGAGACCACAAAUUCUGGAGGACGCAGCCAGUCAAGGAUUUCGAUGAAAAAGUGGAGGAAGAGGGCCCCAUUGAUAAACCAAAGACGGCAGAAGACAUAUCUGAUAAGCCAUUACCUUUACUUUCUAGCUUUGAAUGGUGUAGUAUUGAUGUAGACAAUAAAAAGCAACUAGAAGAUGUUUUCGUUCUACUAAACGAAAACUACGUUGAAGAUCGCGAUGCAGGGUUCAGGUUCAACUAUACUAAGGAAUUCUUCAAUUGGGCAUUGAAAUGUCCGGGCUGGAAAAAGGAUUGGCACAUUGGUGUUCGUGUCAAAGAAACGCAAAAGCUAGUUGCCUUUAUUUCAGCUAUCCCAGUAACACUAGGCGUUAGAGCUAAAGAAAUACCUAGCGUGGAAAUCAAUUUCUUAUGCGUUCACAAACAACUAAGAUCGAAGAGAUUGACACCUGUCCUAAUCAAGGAAAUUACUAGGCGAGUUAAUAAAUGUGGCAUCUGGCAUGCAUUGUACACGGCAGGUAUUGUAUUACCAGCACCCGUGAGUACUUGCCGUUACACUCACCGUCCUUUGAAUUGGAAAAAACUUUAUGAUGUGGAUUUUACAGGUUUACCAGAUGGGUAUACGGAGGAGAAUAUGAUUGCCGAGAAUGCAUUGCCAAACAAAACAAAAACUGCCGGACUGAGAAAGUUAAAGGAAGAAGAUAUUGAUCAAGUCUUUGAGUUGUUUAAGAGAUACCAAUCGAGAUUUGAGCUGAUCCAAAUUUUCACUAAGGAGGAAUUUAAACAUUAUUUUAUUGGUGAAAAAUCGUUGCCCUUGGAUAAACAAGUAGUCUUUUCAUAUGUAGUUGAGCAGCCAAGUGGACAAAUCACAGAUUUUUUCUCGUUCUACUCAUUACCAUUCACAAUUCUAAAUAACAAGAAUUAUAAGAACUUGGGUAUCGGGUACUUGUAUUAUUAUGCCACCGAUGCUGAUUUCCAGUUCAAAAACAGGUUCGAUCCAAAAGCCACGAAGGCAUUGAAAAAUAGAUUAAGCGAGUUGAUAUACGAUGCGUGUAUCUUGGCCAAGAACGCCAAUAUGGAUGUUUUCAACGCGUUAACUUCGCAAGAUAAUACAUUGUUCUUAGAUGAUUUGAAAUUUGGGCCUGGUGAUGGGUUCUUGAACUUCUACUUGUUCAACUACAGAGCGAACCCGAUUACAGGCGGUUUGAAUCCUGACAACACUAAUGACGUCGAAAGGCGCAGUAAUGUUGGUGUUGUCAUGUUGUGA